AUGAUGAAGCUCCUAUCGCUGGUCCUCUUUCCCCUGCAGUGCUUGUUUGUAUGCUUUCGUCGUCGGAAACCGCAGCAGCGAAUUCAGGCUCCCAUCACCGAGCCCGAGCACAUCCCCGGAGAUGAACGACCUUUGCUUGCUGACCCCGUGGCAAUAAGCGAUAGCAAAGGACUAUGUCCUCCGAGUAUGUGUCGAGAAGCAUCAACGGCCAGCUCCAGAUCCGUGCAAACCGAGCCUGACUAUAAACAACUGAACCCCGCAUUGGCGCAUCUGCGAAAAUGCCUCCGAGAAGCAGUCCUCGAGUGUCCCGUUGAUGGAUACAAACUGUUCAUACCAACGUCAACUCUCAAGCGACUCAUAGACGAGGACACGGUGCGCUCAAUUCUCAAAGAAGGCAAGCUGGUGGCACUGGAUCAAAUAGAGGAAACAACCCGGCACAUUCUCCAACGCUCUCGAAAACUCUUCGCUAUCUUGGUUGAUCGCGAUAAGGCUUGGUUCAUAAGUGAUUUCUUGGACGAAGGAAUAGAUGAUGAAGACCUGCCUUUUAUAAGAAGGUCCAGCGUCGGGGAACAGACCUUGACGUUGGAGACCAGUCAACGACGGCGCAUAAAGACUCUCGAAAGCUGGGACCGUGAGUCUCUCAAGACGUUUGAAGACGAGCAAUACCGCAUGUUGGCGCCACUACUGGAGGUUAAGACACACCACGAGUUUACCGAGCUUCAGACCCUUCCUUAUAUUGCAUUGAGCGCGGCGGAUCCUCAGGAGGGCACCAGUGCCGAGGGCGGCUAUGGCGAAGUCUUUCAGGCAUGUAUCCAUCCCGAUCACCACAAUUUCUGGGAGUACCCUACAUACAAGGUUAGUAAACUGGGAGUGGUGACCGUCGCAUAA